AUGCAAAAGAGAAGAUUAGAAAGUUGUUGUAGUUAAUAGAGAAGAAUAAUGAAUAAAUCUAAUAAAGAAUUUAGUAGAAAAACAUUUCGAAUUGUUUAAUUUGACUUAUAAAUUUUUAUUGAUAUGAAUUAAAAUUAAGAAAACAUAGAGGGUGUUAAUCUGAUUGAUAUAUAAUAAACAGGAUUUAAUGCAGAAAAUUUAUUGUAAAUCAUUUUAUUAAGAGAUAAAUUGGUAAAUGGUCUAAUGAGAUGGCUUCAAGAAUUAUUUAAACACAAAUGGUUUGGUAAUUAGCAAAAUUAGUUAUACAUAAGAGUUUUAAAAAUUUGUGUCGCUCAAUAUGGUUAUUAUCAAUUAUAAUCGGGGUAUAAUUUUAUAGCCCCAGAAAGUGAUUAUGCUGGAAUCUCUAAUUAAUUUUAUAAAAUAUUUGAAACAGAAAACGAUUACAAAGAAUAGAUUUACUAAUUUAAGACAACUCAAACAAGAUAAUCAAAAUUUCUUAAAGAGGAAUUAGAAAAAAGAAUGAAAUUAUUAUUGAAAUGGAAAUCAGUAUUAUUGUUUUUAAAUAUAGAAAUUUAUGAAUGAAUUUGAAUACAUAAAAACAGAAAUAAAGGGGGAUAUGCCUGAUUACAUAAAAUUUUAAAGAUUUAUUGAAUAAAUUGAAUUACCUAAUCAAAAAGAAUUUGACAUUUAUUAAUAUUACUUUAAAUUAUUUUACUCAGAAGAAUGGUUUUAAACACCAAUUAAUUAAAAUUCAAUAGAACUUUUGAAGUAUUCUUUUUUUAAUGAAUAAUUUUAGAUUGUAUAGUUUUAUUAAAUAAUUCUUGAGAUUAGACACUUUUUAUCCAAUAGAAUAUUAUUCUAAUUAAUUAUUAUUUUUACAGGACAUAAAUGAAAAUGAAAAAUAAAAAGAAUAUUAUAUUAAAAUAAUACAAUAAUAAUGA